GUCAAUUCCUAGCUUAGGAUUAGGAUGAGUUGUAACGGCUCAAGAAAUUAAUGACUGGCCCAUCAACAACCAACUCAACAAUUGAGCAGGGACGAUCAUGUUGUUCUCUACCAUGAAUCAAAAGUUUUAGCUUUGUUGUUGAAUGUAAUAAACAAUUCAAAAAUCCAUUAAUUAUUACACAUCUAUAUAUAUAUGCCUCGUAACAUUCUACUAGAAAUCUCAUACAUAUUGCCAAAAUGUACAUUCCAGCAUCUGAAGCAAAUCCAUGCCUUAAUCUUUACAGCUUCUCUAACACAAGAACUCCAAUUAUUUUCCAAGUUUCUUCGCAGAAGCACCGAGUUUGGCUCCAUGGAUUAUUCUAAUAUCAUUUUGUCCCAAAUGGGUGAUCAUUAUUUUAACUCAGAAACCAUGUUAUGGAACAUCAUGAUUAGAGGCUACUCGUUUAAUGGUCCUUCUGAGAAAUGCAUAUCAAUGUUUGAUGAAAUGUCUCAGAGAGAGUUGAAACCAAAUAACUACACGUACCCCUAUGUGUUAAAUUCGUGUUGCCAACUGAGGCGUUAUAGUAAAGGGAAAAGAGUCCACUGUCAGAUUAUAAAGUCUGGUUUUGAAUCCAGUUUUGCAGUUUCUCAUGCUCUUUUUAAUAUGUAUAUAAAAAGACCGGGUUUUGUUGACAUUGGUGGUGCUGGAAAUCACAAGUUAAGUGAUGCUCGCAGGGUUUUCGAUGAUAUGUUCGAGAGACCAGUAGAAGUAUGGAACAUGAUGAUCUAUGAGUAUGUCAGCUUUGGUGAAGUCGGGUGCGCGAGGAAAUUGUUUGAAACUAUGCCGCAAAGGGAUGUUGUUUCUUGGAAUUCUAUGAUUUCAGGUUAUGUCAAAGCUGGAGAGGUGGAAAAUGCAAGAAGAAUGUUCGAGUUGAUGCCGGAGAAGAGUGUUAUUUCAUGGACUUUGAUGAUUGAGUUAUAUAAAGAUGCUAGUAACCUUGAAGCAGCGAGAGGAUUUUUUGAGAGAAUGCCACAGAGGAAUGUGGUUUCAUGGAAUUCAAUGAUUUCAUGUUACACUAAACAUGGGAAAUUUAGAGAAACCUUGGAUCUUUUUGUCCAAAUGCAAUCAGAAGGAGUGAUUCCUGAUGGGUAUACUUUUGUUUCUGUUUUGUCAGCUUGUUCGAACUUGGGUGACCUAGAGUAUGGAAAAUACGUACACUGUCUACUUGGAGACUUUUCUGAAAUGGAAGUCAUGGUAGGGACUGCCCUUAUAGAAAUGUAUGCUCAAUGCGGAGAUGUUAAUACAAGUUUUGCAAUGUUUAUCAAGAUUCCAAAUAAGGAUAUCUUUUGCUGGAAUGUUAUGAUCAGAUGUUUAGCCAUUAAUGGAAGAACUGAAGAUGCAGUCAAGAUUUUCUUUUCGGCACAAAAGGUCGGUGUGAAGCCGAAUGACUUCACAUUUACUAGUGCUUUAUUUGCUUGUAGCCAUGGGGGAUUGGUGGAAGAAACUCGUAGAAUUUUUUAUAGUAUGGAGAACGACUAUAAGAUUAGUCCUAAAAUCGAACAUUUCGCUUGUUUAAUCGACUUGCUUAGUCGAAAUGGUCAGCUGGAAGAAGCCCUACUUGUACUAAAAGAUAUGCCCUUUGAACCUGAUAUUGCAAUUUGGGGGUCUUUGCUUGGAGGUUGCAGCAUAACAAAUAAUUUGAAUAUGGUAGAAAAGACAAUAAAGAGAGUUUGUGAAUUGGAAACAGAGGACUCGGGAGUAUAUGUGCUCUUGUCGAAUAUUUAUGCCUCCGAGUGUCGGUGGCAGGAGGCGCAAGGUGCACGAGGAAAGAUGGAAGAGAAGAAAAUAAGGAAAGAAACAGGGAGCAGCAUUGUAUUUUAGGCUGCUUACCAAUAAACAGCAUUUACCGAGUAUGAUCGGCAUUUACCAAGUAUGAUCGAAUAGAUUUACCUAACAGUUAGCUAUAGUAAGGCUUGCUUCUGCACAAACUACCAUUAUCAAAAAGAAUAGCGAGAAAUCUUAAUUUUGAAAAGCUGCAGAAAGGAUAAAAGAAACUAAAUAAUUUUUUUUCCAAUCUGUUGAAUUUAACUAGAAAGCAUAUCUUAACCAUUUUUACUUUCAAGCAAAACAUGGUUACACCAGCCAUCUAUCUUAGAAUGGGCAGAGCAACUCCACCAAAUACGGUGGGAAUGAACCUACCAAAAGUAUGGUCUGACCAUUUCAAGCUCAACUGUAAUAGAGAGACAUAAUUCCAUAACUGCAAGCAGAAUUGAAGACCACAAUCAUAACAGUACACUAACAAAAUUGAUACUUCUCAAAUUGACAAGAAACAUCUGGGCAUAAGAAGAUAGAGACAAUAAACAUAGUAGGCAGACAUAACUAGCCUCUGACUUCAUUUUACUACUGAUAGUCUGAUACAAUUUCAGCAUCACCAAUUCUGCAAGAGCAUUUCUGCCAAAAUCAUGCAGACAGCACGCGGACAUUCUUACACUAGCACACUGAGCUGUAACUACAUUAUCCUAAAU